UCACCAGGAGCAACUGGAGAUGCAGCGUCUUGCUCAAGGACACUUCGACAUGUAGGCCAGACAAUCUUGGAAGCGAACCGCUAAUCUUCCCGCUACUAGACCACCCGCUCUACCUCCUGGGCCACAGCUGACGGAAAGCUUCGUCAGGACUCUAACUGGGUCUCUCUCCCUCAGUGAGCACAGAGAGGUCUGAGCGUCCAUCACCAUGACAGACCACAAGCGUCUCGCCUUCUCCAUCAUCCAGUUCCUCCAUGACCAGCUCCAGUCGGGGAACCUGUCCUCGGGCGCCCAGGAAAGCCUGGAAGUUGCUGUUCAGUGUUUGGAGACAGCUUUUGAAGUUUCCACUGAAGACCAGAGCCUCGCCGUCCCCGUGACGUUACCAGAGAUCUUCACCUCAGCCACAGCCAUGCAUCCAGCUCAGUCACAGGUCAAAAACAACCCCAGCCCGACCUCCGUCAGUGAGGAACAGAGAGCUGAGGCUGAAAGACUCAAAAGUGAUGGCAAUGACCAGAUGAAGGUGGACAACUUUGCAGCUGCUAUUGAGUUUUACUCCAAGGCCAUCAGUAUCAACCCUCAGAACGCUGUCUAUUACUGCAAUAGGGCUGCAGCAUACAGUAAAAUGGGGAACUACGCUGGGGCGGUGCAGGACUGUGAGAAGGCCAUCAGCAUUGACCCAAACUACAGCAAAGCCUAUGGCAGGAUGGGCUUGGCUCUGGCCAGCCUCAGUAAAUACACAGAAGCAGUGAGUUUUUAUAAGAAAGCUCUGGAGCUCGACCCUGACAACGAUACCUACAAAACCAACCUGAAGAUCGCAGAGGAGAAGAUGGAGACAUCCAGUCCAACAGCGGGGAUGGGUGGAGUGGACCUGGGCAGUUUGCUCAGUAACCCUGGCUUCAUGAACAUGGCGUCGUCUCUGAUGAACAACCCUCAGGCUCAGCAGAUGUUGUCUGGUAUGAUGUCCGGAGCAUACGGUGGAGUGGGGGGAGGAGGGGGAGGAGGUGGUGCAGCCCCCGAGCUCCGCAUAGCUGCUGGACCUGCUGGACCUGCUGGACCUGCUGGACCUGCAGGACCUGCUGGACCUGCUGGACCUGGAGAUCUAUCAGGCUUGAUCCAGGCAGGUCAGCAGUUUGCUCAGCAGAUGCAGCAGCAGAACCCUGAGCUCAUCGAGCAGCUGAGGAGUCAAAUCCGCAACCGAACACCCAGCACUGGAAAUGAGGAGCAGCCGUGACACCUGCACAUGGCUGCACUGGUCUGUGUGUGGAGAGACGCACUAUCCCUUUUUCUUUCUGAUUUGGAUCAUGUUAACUUGAAGGACUGAGAGGAAGGUCUUUUCCCCCGUCACUGAAUAAUUCCUGCAUGAGAGGGAAAG